CAGUGGGAUAGUACCUUGGUGACCCGGCGGAGGAUCUCCUGUGCCGGCAGUCAUCAUGGAUGACUAUCCCAUCAAGGGCCUAUUGGCCCUUUCUGUCUUGUUGGGGCCGCUGUUCCGGCUUAUGUUCCCACUGGGGUUCGGGCGUGUGUGCACGUCCCGCAUGCUGAUGCGGUCUGGAACAGUGAAGCCUGGCCCUACACCUGCAGAGCAGGCAGAGAUAGAUCGUAAGUUGGCAGAGAAGAAAAAGGAGAGAGAAGCCAAGAAAAAACAGAAAGAAGAAGUCAAGAGGAAGAUGAAAGAGAAGAUGGAGAAAGAGUUGGAAGAAGAAUUGAAGAGUAUAGAAGAAAGCGAAGUAGAAGAACAUGAGGAAGACCAAAUAUUGCAAAGACAUCGCCAAGAUAUACCUGAAAGCAGCACAACGAUCCGCCUUCCCGUUGAACCGCUGGACUGGGGCAGCCGGUACUACUACUCCAGCGAACCAUUAAAGGAAACUGAUGAAGAACGAGAUACGUUCAUCGCCAAGUUGGCCACUGUCACAGAUGUUGUUGAACGAAAUCUGAUUCUGGAAGAGAAAAGGUCUGAACUAAAUCACAGGUUGUUGGCCGCUAGGCAGCAAGAAGUAGAAGAGAAAAAGAAGUUGCAUGCGGAGGGGGAGAAAUUGCAGAAAGCUCUAGAAGCGCAAAAGGAAAGUCCCUCUGAAACCGAAGCACAACUUGCUCUCCUCAGGGAGACAGCUUUGGACGAACAUAUUAAUAAAGUCUUCACCCCGGAAGUCGUAGAGAAGAUUGUGAAGGGAGCUGGAGGCGACGACGGAGAUGGGGAUGGCGACGGCGAUGAUGAUAAGAAAAGAAAGAGGAAGAUUGGGGAUCCAAAGGAAAAACUUCCUCAGGAGACCGGGCACGUUAACAAGAUAAAGCUUAAGCUGCCGUGGACCUACAAUGAAAAGAAAGAUGAAAGUGUAUUGCACUGGGCGGCGGCGAUUGAAACUUACGUGUACGGGCAACGCAUUCCUUAUUGGGACAGGGUGUUGAUGGCAACUUCGUGCAUGGGAGGCGCUAUGAGCUUUGCCAUCUCGCUGCAGAAGGAAGCCGGAUGCAGCUCUAUGGUAGAGUAUUCGCAGCAAACGCAAAUCGAAGAUUUCCUUAAGUUAAUAAGAGAAAGAUUUGAGGACGAAAACUUGGCAAGACGUACGGAAAUGUUGAUCCUCAGCCUUCCUGACAGGAAAUGGAAGAGUACCUCUGCGCUAAAGGAAACUAUGGAUGAACUAUUGCAAUGCCCUGAUCACGGAUUGACGUCGGCCCAAAUCUUAAACAGCUUUGCACGAGCGCUCCCGGAUCCCCUAAGAACACAACUCUAUUCCCGUACCAAGGAAGAGGGGAUGACCUAUGAGAAGUUCGGCAAGAUCGCCAUAGAUCACGCCGGCUUCCUCGCUGAAGCAAAUUACUGCUAUUACUGGAAAGAUCUGCAAGCGGGUAAAAGAUGGCAAAACCGCACGAUCUCAGGGUCCAUACCUGGGAAAGACAGUCUCCUUCUAACCUUUAAGGAAGGAGGCGCCGAGACCAUCUCCUGGGAUCAGGUAGACUAUGGUAUCGAUGAACCCAACAGACCGGUAGCUCAGGAGGGGAGUUACGUGGCUGUUGCAGCCCGCGGGGGAGGGCGUCAAGGAAGAGGGCGUGGCCGAGGAAGAGGUCGCGGCCGCGGUGGAAGAGGAUUCGGCAUCCAGAGGGGUGGUGGUGAAGGAAGCCACUACGUGGGAGGACGGGGAAAUGGUCCCUCAUACGGUGGCCGUGGUUCUUACUCCACCUGGGGUAGAGGAAGAGGCUCAUGGUACAACAAGUGGGAUAAGCCAUAUCCACCACAUCCAGGCCUACCGGAAGGAGAGCCUUGGAAAGAGUUGGGAAUUACAGAAAAAGUCUGGGCCGAAAGGAAGAAGGCAGAUCAAUGCCUUAAAUGUGGGGACCCCGACCACAUUGUCCCCUAUUGCCCUGACUAUCGGGGGGCAAAAGGGAACAGCCAGUAGAGGUGUCAGUUCCCUCUACCGGGGCUUCGAAUGUUGAAAAAUCAGAAUCCUCCCAUUCGAAGGCCCCAAUGGCAGAAACUGAAGAGGAAGGAAGUCCCCAUCUAGUGUCCUGUCCAGAGGUGGCAAACGUAUGCAUCUCUCUAGAUGGAUCCCUCGCUGGCGUGGGUGAUGAGUUGGCCGCUCGUCGCCAAGCCUGGACUGAAAUGCGUAAAAAGAAAGGACAGUUAAUAAUUGCAGAUCUAGAGAUAAAUCGAAUAAGAGUAG